AUGUCUGACACAGUCCUCCGUAAACUAUGGAUGGAUAAACUGAGCCCACAAACAUCACAAAUAUUAGUGUCACUCCCGGACGAUUUGGACCUACAGCGAUUGGCAGAAAUCGCGGACAAAAUAUAUGAGAAUAAACCUCCGGGAAAUGCUUCUGCGACACCACUACAACCUAUUGUCUCUUCAGUCCGUGACUCACAAGAGUUAUUGAAAAUUAAAGAUUGUAUAGCCGAGCUUACCUCACAGUUACAAGCUCUACAAACCGCUAUGCAUCAGCAAAAUCGCACACCCAACAAUUUCACUAGUCGACCACGUCCAUCACAUCAUACUAGGCGAAGAUCACGUUCCACAUCCAGAAGCAGGCCUAUAUUUAAUACCUGUUGGUAUCAUUUUAAAUAUGGACAACAAGCGCGGCAUUGUACGAAACCGUGUAACUUCGACAUAAACGCAGCUAAGGAUAACAACACACAGCAGUCGGGGAAACGACUAUCCCGGCAACAAGUAGAGACGUUUGCUGCCGGAGGAUGCCAAAAGUCGUCUCUUUUACAUCCGAGAUGA